AUGCUGGGGCCCUGGCUGCUGCCCCUGCUGCUCUCCUGCGGGGGAGCCCUGCUCGGCGCCGGUCUGGGUGACAGACCCUUGGUGACCCCAGGCCUCCGGAGGCUGAAGGACUCUUGGCAGACAGCUGCAGACGGGGGCCGGUGCUCCACCUGGGGGGCCGGCCACUUCUCCACCUUCGACGGCCACGUGUACGACUUCUUGGGGACCUGCAACUAUGUCUUCGCGGCCGUCUGUGAGGACGCCUCAGCCGCCUUCAGUGUCCAGCUGCGGCGAGAGCCCAGCGGGAACAUCUCCCGGAUCAUCGUGGAGCUGGGGGUCUCCGUGGUCACCGUGCAGAAGGCAGUCAUCUCCGUCAAGGACGUGGGGGUUGUCAGCCUGCCCUACACCAGCAACGGCCUCCAGAUCAUACCCUUCGGCCAGAGUGUGCAGCUGGUGGCCAAGCAGCUGGAGCUGGAGCUGGUGGUCAUGUGGGGACCGGGCGCCCACCUCAUGGUCCUGGUGGAGAAGAGGUACAUGGGCAGGAUGUGUGGGCUGUGUGGGAACUUCGACGGCGAAGAGACCGAUGAGUUUCUGAGCGAGGACGGCAAACUCCUGGAGCCCCACAAGUACGCCACUCUCCAGAAGCUGGAUGACCCCAACGAGAUCUGUGCCCAUGAGGCCGUCCCCCGCCCCCAGGUCCUGCAGGCAGAGCACGCCCAGACCUGCAUCCAGCUGCUGACCCUGGUGUCCCCCGAGUGCAACGUGUCCCAGGAGCCAUUCCUGCUGAGCUGCCAGGAGGACAUGGCCGUGUGCGCCCAGCCGGGCCAGCAGGACUGCGCCUGCGCCACGCUGUCUGAGUACUCGCGGCAGUGCAGCAUGGCCGGCCAGCCCGUCAACAGCUGGCGUGGCCCUGACCUCUGCUCCGUGGGCCAGUGCCCGGCCACCCAGGUGUACCAGGAGUGCGGCGAGACCUGCAUUCGGACCUGCUCCAACCCCCAGCACAGCUGCUCCAGCUUCUGUACCUUUGGCUGCUUCUGCCCAGAAGGUACGGUUCUGGAUGACAUCUCUGCAAACCACACCUGCCUGCCCGUCUCCCAGUGCCCCUGCGUGCUCAGUGGGGUGGUCUACGCCCCCGGGGAGGUUACAACAGCCGCCUGCCAGACCUGCCGGUGCUCCGGGGGCCACUGGGAGUGUGCGGAGCAGUCCUGUCCCAGGCGCUGCGCCCUGGAGGGAGGCUCCUUUGUCACCACGUUCGAUGCCAGGCCCUACCGCUUCCACGGCACCUGCACCUACAUCCUCCUCCAGAGCCCCCAGCUGCCCGACGGGGGCUCACUCAUGGCCGUGUAUGACAAGUCUGGGUACUCGCACUCGGAGACCUCCCUGGUCGCCGUCAUCUACCUGUCCAACCAGGACAAGAUCGUCAUUUCUCAGGACGAGGUGGUCACCAACCACGGGGACACCAAGUGGCUGCCGUACAAGACUCGCAACAUCACGGUCUUCAGGCAGUCCUCCACCCACGUCCAGAUGGUCACCACCUUCGGGCUGGAACUGGUGAUCCAGCUCUGGCCCGUGUUCCAGGUGUAUGUCACUGUUGGGCCCCAAUUCAGAGGCCAGACCAGAGGGCUCUGUGGAAACUUCAACGGGGACACGACGGACGACUUCACGACCAGCAUGGGCAUCGCUGAGGGCACUGCCUCGGUCUUCGUGGACUCCUGGCGAGCAGGGAACUGCCCGGCCGCGCUUGAGCGUGAGACUGACCCCUGCUCCAUGAGCCAACUCAACAAGGUGUGUGCAGAGACCCACUGUGCAGUGCUGGUGAAGGAGGGCUCAGUGUUUGAGAAGUGCCAUGCCACUGUGGACCCCAAGCCCUUCCACAAGAGGUGCGUGUACCAGGCCUGCAACUACGAGGAGACCUUCCCACACAUCUGCGCCGCCCUGGGCGACUACGCCCUCGCCUGCGCCUCACGGGGCGUCCUGCUCCAGGGCUGGAGGAGCAGCGUGGACAACUGCACCACCCCCUGCACGGGCAAUCAGACUUUCAGCUACGACAGCCGGGCAUGUGACCGCACGUGCCUCUCACUGUCCGACCGCGAGGUCGAGUGCCACCCUAGCGCCGUGCCGGUGGACGGCUGCAACUGCCCCGAGGGCACCUACCUGAACCACAAGACUGAGUGUGUGCGCAAGUCCCAGUGCCCCUGCCUCCUGGACAACUCCAAGUUCAUCCUGGCCGACCAGUCCACCAUGGUCAAUGGCGUCAUCUGCCACUGCUCCAACGGGCGCCUGAGCUGCCGGGCCCAGCCUCAGAUGCUCUUGGCAACCUGCUCGGCCCCCAAGACAUUCCAGUCCUGCAGCCAGUCCUCCGAGGACAAAUUUGGGGCUGCCUGCGCCCCCACCUGUCAGAUGUUGGCCACUGGCACCCCCUGUGUGCCCACCAAGUGUGAGGCCGGCUGUGUCUGUGCCAAGGGGCUCUACGAGAACGCCAGCGGGCAGUGUGUGCCCCCCGAGGAUUGCCCGUGCGAGUUUGCAGGCGCCUCCUACCCCCGCGGCGCAGAGCUCCAUACCGGCUGUAGGAGCUGCACCUGCUCUGGGGGGACAUGGGCGUGCCAGCAGAGCAGCCACUGCCCGUCCACCUGCACCCUCUACGGGGAGGGCCACGUAGUCACUUUCGAUGGGCAGCGUUUCGUGUUCGAUGGCAACUGCGAGUACAUCCUGGCCACAGAUGGCUGUAGUGCCAACGACUCACAGCCCACCUUCAAGAUCCUGACAGAGAACGUCGUGUGUGGGAAGUCAGGCGUCACCUGCUCGCGGGCUGUCACGGUCCUCCUGGGGGGCCUGUCCAUCGUGCUGGCAGACAGGAACUACACGGUCAGCGGGGAGGACCCCGGCGUGCGCUUCCAGGUGAAGGCCGGCUCCUUGUACCUGGUGCUGGAUGCCACCGUCGGCACCGCCUACAACCUGACCCUCAUCCGGAACAAGCACAUGACCCUCUUCAUCAAGAUCGCACGUGCCUCCCAGGACGCCUUAUGUGGCCUGUGCGGCAACUACAACGGGAACAUGAAGGACGACUUCGAGACCCGAAGCAAGUAUGUGGCAUCCAGCGAGCUAGAGUUCGUGAACUCCUGGAAGGAGAGCCCGCUGUGCGGGGACGCCACGCGGGCGGUGGACCCCUGCAGCCUCAACACCUUCCGCCGCUCCUGGGCCGAGCGCAAGUGCGCCAUCAUCAAUAGCCAGACCUUCGCCGCCUGCCACAGCCAGGUGUACCGCCUGCCCUACUAUGAGGCCUGCGUGCGUGACACGUGUGGGUGUGACACCGGCGGAGACUGCGAGUGCCUGUGCGACGCCGUGGCCGCCUACGCCAAGGCCUGCGUGGACAAGGGCGUGUGCGUGGACUGGAGGUCCCCAGACUUCUGCCCUGUCUACUGCGACUUCUACAACACCCACGUGCAGGUGGGCGGCGAGUACCAGUACGUCCAUGAGGCUAACUGUACAUGGCACUACCAGCCGUGCCUCUGCCCCACGUGGCCGCAGGGCUUCCCAGGCACCAACAUCGAAGGCUGCUACAACUGCUCUCAGGACGAGUACUUUGACCAAGAUGAAGGAACAUGUGUGCCGUGCAUGCCGCCGCCUACCACGCCGCUGCCCACAACAGCACAACUACCCGACUCAGGCCUUCCUACCACGGCCACCAGGCCCACCACGACCAUGCCCAGCACCACCGGUCUCAACUCCACUAGACCCUCGUCAAGCUCCCCAGACACACCUGAGGCUCCCAUCCAGACCUCCCGCCUCCCAUCCACGCCAAUGGCCACAGCCAGAGCCACAGCCCUCUCCUCCGUACCGCCCAGAACCACCUCUGCUAUCACCACACGGGCCACAUCGGCGCCAGCACCGACGGCAACCGCAAGGACAACAGCCACAGGACCCACAGUGACCCAGGCCACAACGCAGCCCACAGCCUCCUCCAUCACUGCAGCCACACAGUCCACAGCACGGUCCACAGUGCGCACAACAGCACUGCCAACCCCAGCGAUGUCAAGGACCUCCACAGGGCCGCCCUCGAGUAAGCACGUGCCCACUCUGGGUCCCUCGUCCUCAACCCACGGAUGGACCAGCGAAACGGCCAACACCGGGGACACACGGCACACGGAACGCCCGCAACCAGAAGACAGCACGACAGGCGAAACAACACCGCACACCAACCUGAUAACCACAUCGACAACACCCAGAGCCGAGACAUCCACGGGCCCCAACAAGCAACCCCCAUCGCAGGCGCCGACACGCACGCCCACACCCACGCCCACACACGAUGACAUGCCCACUACACCACACACGUCCCUCACCACACACUUGACCCCCACGGUCCCUAUGCCCACCACCUCCCACACUUCACCUCCACCCACGGAAACAUCCUUCCAGACCACCACCAUCUUCCCGACUCCGUCAAUGCCACUGACCCUUCCCAUCCAUCUGUCAACGUCUGCCACCUCCCCGGGGACCCCAACCUCUCACCAAGCUCCCAGAACCACAUACACACACUCUUCGUCCACCACCACACCGCCCACAGGCACCACACUGACAUCUACCCCCCUGAAGACCACGGGAACGGCACCAAUACCCACAGCCCCGCCACUCACCACCAUCACGAAUGGGACCACCCACGGCCCCAGCUCACUCAGCACAGCCAAAACCUCCACUUCCCCUGUAUCACACUCGCCUUCCACUCUCCAUCCUCCAAACAUGUCCACACCACACACCACCAGCUCCCCCUCCACCACCAGCAGAGGCACUGGGACCCCCGUUACAGUUAUCGUCACCACCACGGCCUCACCCACACCCACCAGCUCCCACACCUCGCUCACAACACACUCCCCCCGUACGAUCCCUGUGCCCACCACCUCCCACACUACACCUCCACCCACGGAAACAUCCUUCCGGACCACCACCAUCUUCCCGACUCCAUCACUGCCACAGACCCUUCCCAUCCAUCUGUCAACAUCAGCAACCUCCCUGGGGACUCCAACCUCUCACCAAGCUCCCAGAACCACAUACACCCACUCUUCGUCCUCCACCACACCGCCCACAGGCACCACACUGACAUCUACUACCGGCAAGACCUCGGGAACGGCACCCACACCUACGGCCCCACCACUCACCACCAUCACGACUGGGACCACCCACGCAGAGGCACUGGGACCCCCAUGA